CCCCUCGGCGUGGGGGGCGCGGGGCGCGCGGGGAACCGAGCUGCGCGCUGGCUCCGGGGCGCGCAUCUCCCACCGCAGGCUAGCGAGGGCUGCAGUUCUCCUGGCCUCGCCUCUUGCGCCCGGCCUGCCCGCCUCCGGAGCCGCCUCUGCCCACGGAUGGGCUGGGGAAGUUGGGAGGAGCGAGCCGGAGCCCGCGCCGGGCGCGCCCCGCCGCUGCCUGACUCGGCGCCCGCAGUCCGGGCGCAGCGCGCCAGCCGCAGGAGCGCGGAUGCCCCCCGGAGCCGCGUGUUGGCAGGUGUUGGGGCCUGAGGCUGCCAGCAGACUAUGGGUACAACGGCCAGCACAGCCCAGCAGACGGUUUCGGCGGGUGCCCCCCUCGAGGGCCUCCAGGGCGGUGGCCCGAUGGACGGUCAGCACUCACCCAGUGUCCACUCCUUCCAGACCACAGGCUUGCACAACAGUAAAGCCAAGUCCAUCAUCCCCAACAAAGUGGCCCCCGUCGUGAUCACGUACAACUGCAGGGAGGAGUUCCAGAUCCAUGACGAGCUACUCAAGGCCCAUUACACGCUGGGCCGGCUCUCAGAGGCCACCCCUGAGCACUACCUGGUGCAGGGUCGCUACUUCCUGGUGCGGGAUGUUGUUGAGAAGAUGGAUGUUCUGGGCACCGUGCAGAGCUGUGGGGCCCCCAACUUCCGGCAGGUGCGGGGUGGGCUCACCGUGUUCGGCAUGGGGCAACCCACCCUCUCCGGAUUCAGGCGGGUCCUCCAGAAACUCCAGGAGGAUGGACACAAGGAGUGCGUCAUCUUCUGCGUGCGGGAGGAGCCCGUGCUGUUCCUGCGUGCCGGUGAGGACUUCGUGCCCUACACACCUCGAGACAAGCAGAAUCUUCGUGAGAACCUGCAGGGCCUUGGACCUGGCAUCCAGGCAGAGAGCCUGGAGCUGGCCAUCCGGAAGGAGAUCCAUGACUUUGCCCAGCUGAGUGAGAACACGUACCACGUGUACCACAAUAUUGAGGAUCUGCUGGGGGAGCCCCAUGCUGUGGCCAUCCGGGGUGAGGACGAUGUGCACGUGACCGAGGAGGUGUUCAAGCGGCCUCUCUUCCUGCAGCCCACCUACAGGUACCACCGCCUGCCCCUGCCAGAGCAAGGGGCCCCCCUGGAAGCCCAGUUUGAUGCCUUUGUAAGCGUCCUUCGGGAGACCCCCAGCCUGCUGCCGCUCCGAGAUGCCCACAGGCCUCCCCCUGCUCUCCUCUUCAGCUGCCAGACAGGCGUGGGCAGGACCAACCUGGGAAUGACCCUGGGUACCCUCAUCCUGUUUCACCACAGCCGGGCUGCCUCGAGGCCGGAGGCUGUCCCCCUGCAGACCAAGCCACUGCCCAUGGAGCAGCUCCAGGUGAUCCAGAGCUUUCUCCACAUGGUGCCUCAGGGCAAGAAGAUGGUGGACGAGGUGGACAGAGCCAUCACCGCCUGUGCAGAGAUGCAUAACCUGAAGGAGGCCAUCUUGGAAAACCAGAGGAAGCUGGAAAGUGUCCGGCCGGCCGGCCCAGCCCAGGGAAGCAGCAGCCAGCAUGGUGUCCGGCAGAGGGCGCUGCAGAGCCUGGAGCGAUACUUCUACCUGAUCCUGUUUAACUACUAUCUCCAUGAGCAGUACCCGCUGGCCUUUGCCCUCAGUUUCAGCCGCUGGCUCUGUGCCCAUCCUGAGCUGUACCGCCUGCCUGUGACCCUGAGCUCAGCGGGGCCUGUCGUCCCUGGGGACCUCCUCACUAAGGGCUCUCUGGGGGCGGACGACCUCAUCUCCCCAGACGCACUCAGCACUGUCAGAGAGAUGGACGUGGCCAACUUCCGGCGGGUGCCCCGCAUGCCUAUCUAUGGCACAGCCCAGCCCAGUGCCAAGGCCCUGGGGAGUAUCCUGGCCUACCUGACCGAUGCCAAGCGGAAGCUGAAGCAUGUCGUGUGGGUCAACCUGAGGGAGGAGGCAGUGUUGGAGUGUGACGGGCACACCCACAGCCUGCGGUGGCCUGGGCCCCCCAUGGCCCCUGACCAGCUUGAGCACCUGGAGAUCCAGCUGAAGGCCCACCUGAGUACGCCUCUCCCAGGCACGGGGGGGCCACCGACCCGCAGGUUCCAGACAUGCCUCACCACACGGGAGGUCUUCGCCCAGCACCGUGGGGCCUACCCCGGCCUCACUUACCACCGCAUCCCUGUGCCAGACUUCUGCGCCCCCUGCGAGGAGGAUUUCGACCGACUGCUCGAGUCCCUGCGGGCUGCCCUCGCCAAGGACGCGGGCACCGGCUUCGUGUUCAGCUGCCUCAGCGGCCAGGGCCGGACCACGACCGCCAUGGUGGUGGCUGUGCUCGCCUUCUGGCACAUCCAAGGCUUCCCCGAGGUGGGCGAGGAGGAGCUUGUGAGUGUGCCCGAUGCCAAGUUCACCAAGGGCGAAUUUGAGGUGGUGAUGAAGGUGGUGCAGCUGCUGCCCGCUGGGCACCAGGUGAAGAAGGAGGUAGAUGCAGCCCUGGACACAGUCAGUGAGACCAUGACGCCCAUGCACUACCACCUGCGGGAAAUCAUCAUCUGCACCUACCGCCAGGCCAAAGCGGCCAAAUCGGAGCCAGAGGCCCGGAGGCUGCAGCUUCGGAGCCUACAGUACCUGGAGCGCUACGUUUACCUGGUGCUCCUCAACGCCUACCUCCACCUGGAGAAGGCCGACUCCUGGCAGAGGCCCUUCAGCGCCUGGAUGCGGGAGGUGGCAUCAAAGGCCGGAGUCUAUGAGAUCCUCAAUCAGCUGGGCUUCCCCGAGCUGGAGAGCGUGCAGGACCAGCCCUUCUCCGGGCUGCGCUGCCGGUGGCAGGAGCGGAGCCACGGCCUUGAGCCCGCCGCUGCUGGAGACUUCCUGUAGGAGGUGCUCCCCCGCCCCUGUGUGCCCCCUCCCACAGGGGCGCUCCAGGUGCUCCUCACUGGGAGCCGUCCUGAGGAACCCAUUCCCCAGCUUCCCGCAGAGACUGGAGUGGGGUUGGGACCCUUUUUUAAGAAGAGGUUUUGAUAGGACAGUUAGUGCACAGGUAUACUUGUAAACCACAGGCGCACGGGCCCGGCGUGUGCCUUGCAGACCGAAGAUGGCUUCCAAGGAGCUCCGUCCCCAAGUAGCCACCAAACGAAGCCACGCUCCACUUGCACGCAUGUGCUUUCCUCUCCCGCUUCCGAGCGGUCCUGACAGCCUCAGGUGCGGAGUCCGGUUCCUUCU